GUUUGUUUGUUUUAUUUAAUUUUAUUUUUAAACAAUCAUAGUUCUUAAAGAAUGGGUUCUAGGUUGAGCAGACAAAGCAGUCUGCAAGACGAAACGGAAUUUUCUAAGAAAAAACGACAGCAGAGCCCCGGGGAAGCUGGGGCGAGCGGCGGCGGAGACUUCCUUUUUACAUCCCUGAUCCUGAAGUCCGACAAGCUGCCGGGAAUGCUCAAGAAAAACAACCCAGCUCCCUACACGCGAAGGGUGGGAUGGAUCCGGGAUAUCCAGGCGCUUAUACGGGAAUGCAAAGUGGAGCAGGCAGUCGACGUUAUCAAAUUACUAAGAAAGGAUUUGGGUUUGGAAGGCACUUCCCUAAAUGAUAUUCUCUACAAGAACGCAGCAUUUCUUAAUCUGGUUGAUCCCAUCUCUCAUGAGCUGCUGCUUAGCCUGGCUCGUGACAUACAGUGCCCCAAGAAGGAAUUGGACCCCUUGAAGUCUUCGGAUAAGAUAUGCAGGCAGCUGAUCUACCACCUGACCCCACACAACAAGUGGCUGCGGCAGAGCCUGCCCCGGAGAAAGUCACAGGCGUGCCUCAAAACAAUGUUACAGAAGAAAGUCUCCAGUGGCUCGGUGGACUUAUCUGGGAUUCCGCUGUCAGCACGCGACGUCCACCGGGUGGCGUACUACCUGCAGAACAACCGCGACGGGAUCGCGGCGGUGGACCUGAGCUUCACCGAGCUGCACGACGACCACCUCCUCAUGCUGCUGCCCUACCUGGGCACGCUGCCCAAACUGACCAACCUGGCGCUCAACGGCAACCGCCUGACCCUGUCCAUCAUCAAGGACCUGACCGAGGCCCUGAAGGAUGUGGGCAAGUUCCCCAGCCUCUCCUGGAUCGACCUGGGCAACAACGUGGACAUCUUCACCAUGCCACAGCCCCUGCUCGUGGCUCUGCGCAGACGCUGCAGCCUCAGGAGCAGCCUGCCGACCAUUUACGAGUACACAGAGGGGCAGGUGUAUGACUACACCCUGGAGACCUCCAUCGAGGAAGCCAGCCACUGUGGAGACGAGGAGGAAGAGGAGGAGGACCUAGACCGCUGGGCAAUGACAGAGAAGAGCGACUCCCAGAGCUUCACGCUGCAGUGCUGCGAGAGGUGAUGAUCCGGCCUCUCCUUUAAGAGCAGUUUGGAAGAAGGUUCACCUCAAUUUAAAUUAUCUGUAUUGGCAUGUCUGAGUUAGUGCCAUACAUCUGAAAGCUUGUCCCAAAAUAGCACCCUUGCUUCACAUCCAGUUUCGAUACAGCAUAGCCAGUGACUUAUCGGGUGGUUGACCGUGCUCCUGGAGGCAAGGUAGAAUUUCACUGGAGGAUGAGAGAUUUAAGAAGAGGCUCCCUUUAGAGGCAGGAGAGUCUUUGAGGGCAGAUUGUUUAGAGAGGUCCAUGAGAGAACCGCAUAGUGAUGGAGCUGCUAGAGCAGGAUUUAUCAGAGACCGAACAAGAAUUUCUACUAGGACUGAGCCUGUCUCUUGCAGGCUCGCUCUGGCUUGACAUUGUGCGUGCGUUCUGUUAAUCUCCCAACAAAAGAAAUAAAAUAAACUGAACAGACUAUUCAGGCAUCAAACUUCGCAAAGUCAAGCCUUUUUUUUUUCUAAACGUUCACUUGUGGACACCAUGCGUAUCACUUGUGUAAAUGUUCUUUAUGGUAGAACAUUGUGUGACACUAUUUUCACGUGGUCUUUGCUGUGAAAUCAAGUUAGUAAUUAUGUUUGUGUAAGGAUUUUACUGGACACUGACAAUCAAAAGUAUAUUUAACUAUAUCUUCAUAUUACCUUUUUACUUUGUCAGAUGUUAAACACAAUACACAUGAAGGUAUUCUCAUUGCAGUUCAGCAAUAUAAUGUGGGUCAGAUCUGGUUUAACAUAAUUACUUAUUGCAAAGACAGAUGUGUCUUGUUAAUUAAAAACAAAUCUAAUAAAUGGCUCUAUAGUCAGAGUACACCCCCAGAAAACUAGAUCUACAUUACCGGGAGCAGGUCCUGAAAUCUGAACCAACUGUGCUGUCAUUUUAAAAUGUGUUUUUUUUGUUUUGUUUUGUUUUUUUAAUUCUGUUUUUAGCCAUUAAUAUUGCUUUUUCAGGAAGCCUUUUAGCUCAGACACUGGAAGUGCUAAACAUUACAUUAAGCGAAUCAUUGUGUUUUUGCUGGCUCGUAUUCCAAUACCCUGUCACUGAUAACACCUUACAUCUUUAGGUGCUAGGCUGUAUCAAUGGCAUUGUUCCAUGACAAAUCUAGGAGUAACACUAUAUUCCCAGAAGUGUCAGAGUAUUUCCAGAAAGUAUAAUUGCAUAACAACCAUAAGAUAAUUAAUUAGUCAUCAUUUUUUAAUACCGCUGUAAUUUAACAGUGGGAGCAGGAAAAAUCUUAACUGCAAGAGCCCAGUUUGGCAGUGAGUGCACAAGCAAGGGCAAAUCUCACUUUUCAUAAAGUAUAAAACUAGCAAGAAACUUCAUGGUAGCUUGGAUCAGGUAUGCUACUGCUCUGCUGCUAAAUCAUGCCCGCAGUGUUACAGAGCUGGCAAGGAACAGCUAAGGUGAUUGUUGGAGCUUGUAAAUGACACUCCAGAGUUGAGGGUUUAAGGGUUUUUGAAGUACUCAGUGCUGUGGUCAAUGCUGUGUGAAUAUGACUUUGUGUUUCAGACUAUAGCACGUUGGGCUAUCUCGUGGCAAGGACAGUGGUCUGUGGGCGUUUGAUCCUGACCGGGCGUAGCAGAUUGCUGCUUCAUUAAUUGGAGAUGUUUAAAAAGGGCACGGUUUUAAAGAUCAUUUGCGGAAGGCUGAACCAUCACUUGUCACUGAUACUUGCCACUGGGGAUCACAACCCAACACUGAAAAAAAAAAAGACAGUCCUGUGUGUGUAAUAAAUCUGUAGUUGUGAAUAUAAACGAGUAAACCGUUUGAGUGUGGCAAAAGCGAAACCAUCUCCCAUCCAUGUGAGCAGUCAGUGUAUGUUUGUCAUGAACUGUAAUGCUGUAUGUACUGCGUGUAACUGUCCUGCACACAUAGCCUUGUGGUUCUAUAGCCACUCCAUGCAGUCAUUUACUUGUGUAUUUUUGAUGUCGAAAAUGGCGCGAUGGCGUUUGAAGUCCUGAUUGCCUGGCGGUGCUGCGGGAUGAAAUGAGGAUAAGUUGGGUUGCCCAUCCUUUUCAAAGCAACGACAAAAAUGAUUGGUAAGCAUGUAGCCUUUAAGCACACUUAUACAGUGAUUCCUUUGGUGCCAUCCAAACAAUAUCCAAACAAUUACAAAAAUAAUUGAAUACUUUAUUGUCCUGUCAAGGUUUGCCAAAUAGAGUAACUUAAGCAAGCUUUUUAGAGCAAAGACAUUUUGAAACUAGGAUUCAGUCUGAAUCAGCUACAGACCAAACUGUAGCAGUGUUAACCCUUAGCUGGGCUAGGAAACACAAACUCCCACACACCACCACCCAGCAAAACAGGAGACAGAGAAUUCUAAUAAUAUAUUGUCAAUCGAGAGGGGUUUUUUUAACAGCACUUUCACACUACUGUAUCUUAUAGCGGUGCUGUAAUUUUGGGCUGGAUUUCAAGUAAUGAAUAUGGAUCCAGCAACGACACCGAACCAACCUAUUAGCACAGCAGAUAUUAGUAAUGUUUCCUGUUGAAAGAAUUACACUCCAGUUAAUAUUUCAAAUACCAAAGGCAUUUAAAUAACAGUUGUACCCUAAUUAGUGUGUGUUAAGAUAGACCCCAGUGUUUAUUAAUAUUUCUGUAACCGUAUCACUUUUACAUUGCAGUUUGAAAAUGCACUAUUAUGUGGAUUAUAUAAAAAAGGGUAUUUCAUUACCGGCUGGUACUUUGUGCAAACCUUGCAUCUUGUUAUUGAUGACCUUGCUAGGAGUCGGGUGUUCACCUGUUCUGGUGCACUGUGCACAUCCAUAUUUGCACAUCAGUAAUUCAAUGUAAUGUAAUAAUGUACAGUGUCAGAGCUGUUUUGCAAAAAUACACCCCCCACCCCACCCCACAUUGGAGCUGCUUUAUUAAUUACACAAUUCAAUUAAAAAUAUAUGAAUAACAAGAACAUUUUAAACACAUAGUGGCAAAUUGCUAAUGCAUGAACUUCUACCUAAUGAUCAAUUCAAAUUGAUUUUGCUCAAUAUUGUGUAAGCCUAUGAACAAAGUUGUACUAUAAACCUGUACUCCGUAUCUCACACUACCUACAAUAUAAUAAUCCGCAAAUAAUAAUUUCUGCUUUCUGUAGCCCUGAAUCCAACCGGCAAAGAACAAAAAAGCCAAACAAAAGCAGUUUCAAAAAGUUAAUCAGUGAAACCAGUCAAGUCACGGACUCUAAUUAAACAAGAGAGACUUUCUGUUUUUUGCCACGUGAAUUUCGUCCAGGUGUCUAAAGUGUGACCGUGGGAUGGACUACAGUUUUACUUGUCUCUGUGUUUUGGGUGCCACUGUUUAAAAAAAAUAAAUAAAUAAAUCGAUAACCAUGUCUGUGAAUAUCAUUUGUGUGUAAAUAUACUACACAAAUAUAGAGCUGUUUUUAAACCCUGGUAGAUACAUAUUUUAAACUGCAUGCUGGCUGUUGUUUUUUACUCAUUAUUCUUGGUAAAUGGACUGUGUGGCAUUUCACAUGAAUGUGUCGGGGUGGCUCUAUUGAUGUUGUAAAUUAGCCUGCACAUUCAGCAGCAGAGCUUGCUCUCCUGUGUUUUCACACUGUGGCUGCAGCCCUGUGUCCAGGGUAAGGCUUUGGUGGAACUGUGUCGCAUUGUAUUUGUUUAUGUUCUGGCUAGUGCAGGGGUGGCCGAAGUUGUUGCUUCCAGUCCAGGUCUUUGUUCAAGUCCUGUUCUAGAUUGUUUAAUUGAAUCAAUUAACCCUCCAUCCACACCCUGAAGGAGCGAUCUAUCUCAUUUUAACUGCACAGCCAGGAUUGGCCACCCCUGGGCUAGAGCCUUCAUCACUGUACUGAUUAAAACUGCGUUGCAUUUUACAUUGUAGCCCAGUAGUUUUUCCAGCUCCUCGUAGACAGUAUUUUGUAACCAUAGCCACGCUGUUCAUUUGCACUCUCCUCAAGGUGCCCUUGAUUUCCAUUUUGAUGAACAGAUAACGUUUGCUACAGGAAGGGCACAGAUAUGAUAACGACAAGCGACUUCUUGCAAGCAUCUCAGCUGCAUAAAACUCUGGGGAAUAGGCUGGAGUCUGAAGCAGAAAUGCAUGCAGUAAAUACUAACUGGAGGGCUUUUACACUGCAGCCAGUGUGGUAUAGCUUACACUGGAUACAAUUCCCAGUGCUCCAGUUACGCCAGCUGAUUUCACAAGCACUACCAUUCAGCCACCAUUGUUCUUAAACAAUAUCUAUAUAUUGCAGGAAUAUUGCACACCUGUAUGGUCCAAGCUUCUUAAAGUUUGAUAUAAAAAUGGUCAUUACAAGCACAUCACCCAUAAAGC